GUGAAAUUCUGCAUUGAAAUCGUUCCCUGUCACGGAAUCACUUUUUUGUGUUUGACGUAUGUUUGACAUUCUCGACAUUCUGCAUCCUCCAUCUCUGUCCUAAUUCCCUACUUUCUUUUCUAAUUCAAGGCAACGACACCGCGCCAUUUUGAUAUUAUUCUGUGUUGACGCGCUGACGCUAUUCAUCGAAUUCGUUUUUGUAUCAUUGCGUUUGCAAAAUAAUCGAAAAUGGUAGACAAAAUCGAAAUGAGCCUCGACGACAUAAUCAAAUCGGGCAAAUCGCAACGCGGCCGAGGCGGUGGAAGGCGCGGAGGCCGAUCUCGUGGCGGCGGUCCAGGCAAUAAUCCUGGCGGCAGCGGAGGUCAACGUAGAGGCAAUUUCAGAAAUGCCAGCCGCUCAAGCAGUGCAGGCAUCCAGAGAGGCCGUGGACGCGGCGGCAUCACUCGAAAUUUCAACCGGGGAGACGUGAACAGUGCAUGGAAGCACGAUCUGUUUGAGGGGUAUGGUUCCCGCAAACUGGCAGCUGCUAGAGCCACUGUUCAAGCCACAAUGGGGCCCACCAAGCUCAUGGUCUCGAAUUUAGACUUUGGAGUCUCUGACUCUGACAUACAAGAGCUGUUUGCCGAGUUUGGGCCUCUGAAAAGUGCUGCUGUGCAUUAUGACAGAUCAGGCAGGUCACUUGGCACUGCUGAUGUGAUUUUUGAGAGGAGAAAUGAUGCCAUCAAAGCCAUGAAACAGUAUAAUGGGGUGCCCUUGGAUGGAAGGGCAAUGAAUAUCCAGCUCACUACCUCUGAAAUACCCAGCCCUGGGAGGAGGCCUGUGGGAGGACUGGGAGGAGAAAGGAGGUUCCCAAAUAGGAGUCCUAGGGGAGCAAAGAGUCGACCAGUUAGGGGUCGUGGUGGUGGAGGUAGAAACUUGAGGAACACAAGAAAGCAGCCCACAGCAGAAGAGUUGGAUGCUGAAUUAGAUGCCUACACAAAAGAAAUGAAGUAGUUCAUGAAAAAUAUAUUGGUGUUUUUCUUAUUCUAUAGACUUUGUUUGGAGAUCUAAAUUUGUGUGGAGUACCUAUUUUAUUUGUUUUUAAGUUCUCUUUGGUCCAUGAAUCAAAGGUCAAUUUUACCUUAAUUGAAAAUAAUCUAAUGAGAUUUAGUUUCAUUAUUCAGGUUAGGAUUAAUUGAUCAUUUAUAACUUGUUAUAUAAAUUUUAUGACUAGGAUUAAUGAAUGUAAUUUAAUUUGAUUACUUAUUCGUUUUUUUAUACCCCACCCUGUCACCUUUCAGUUUCAAUUUUCAAUGAUUUGAAUUUGAAACUAAAAGAGAACAUGCA